UUAGUCUUGGUGCUAUUGCCUAUUUUCCAAACUGUAGAUAACAUUCAAACUUGUUACGUAUAUAACUUAAUUGUUCAGUAAAACAAAUACUCAAAAACCGAAUAGGAACAAUUCCAGAUAUAUCACCCGCUGUCAUGUAGACAUUGAUAAAUGUUGAAUUUCCUUUCGAGCGAACCAAGAAAAUAUGAAUAUCGAUGUGAAAAUCCGAAUAGAAUGAUCAGAAAUAAACUGUUAUCGUCAUUCUUAAUUUUCUUCAUCGGUUCUCAGAUGUGCGGUGAAACAUCCGGUGAGUUUUGGGCGAAAGUAUUCAUCCGCAAUCUGAAGAGAAAUUUUCAAUUUGAAGGGCAAACAGUGAAGGUACUGCAGCUGUCUAGAACUCUGACGAAUCUGAUUUCCUCGAUUUCUGUUUAUGACACCAUAAAUGAUAGCGAGCCAGCAAAAUCGGGAAAUUCUUCGGAUGGCAUAGUUAUAAAGAAAAUUGAAGAGAAAGUGCGUUUUCAACUAUUCAAUGAAUUAGUCCCCAAUGGAGUUUACAUCAGGAACGCCAGAGAAACAAACUCCACAAACUUCCUUGACGAUGCUCCGAUAAAAUUCAUAACCCAUGGUUGGUUAUCAGGAGGAAACGCUGAUAUGUGUCAAACCAUAAAGGACCAAUACUUGAGCACUGCAAAAGUCAACGUUGUCAUCGUUCAUUGGGACUACAUCGCUUUGAGUUACUUGUAUAUUUUUGUGGUUCGGAAAUUGAAACUGGUAGCUGCGUAUUAUGCUGAUUUUCUGGAGAGACUGAUUGAACUGAAACUUCUAGAUCCUGAACAAAUUCACUUGAUAGGGCACAGCCUUGGGCCCCAUUUGUCAGGCCAGGUUGGAAAGAGAUUACUGUCUAAAAACAUGAAGAUUGGGAGGAUAACUGGAUUGGACCCAGCUUUUCCUGGAUAUCAGAAGGCUUUUGGCUUCGAAAAAUUGUCCAGAGAAGAUGCUACAUUUGUAGAUGUUAUCCAUACGUGUGGUGGAGCACUAGGAAUCUUGAAUCCUAUCGGGCACGUAGAUUUUUAUCCAAACGGUGGGUCCUAUCCAAUGCCAGGAUGUCAUGGCUUCUGGUCACAAAAACAAUGUAGCCACAGCAGGAGUUGGCAAUAUUUCGCCGAAAGCAUCAUCCACCCAUUCAUUGCAGUUAAAUGCGAAUCUUUCGGUUCUUUUCGUGAUGGAAAAUGUUUAAAGGAGUUCGUUGCACUUGAGAGGAAUAUUUCGACGCGAGCUAGGGGUUCGUACUAUUUCAGCACCAGUGAUGCUUUUCCGUAUACCCUUGGAACUAAUGGAACUGUGUACAUCCCUUCCGUAGAGGAUGAUGAAAUAUCAGUGGGAAGAGAAAAGUCAACGGAGAAAAUGUUUUCUUUUGAGCAACAAUGUGAUUGGAAACAUGCGAGAAACAAUAAAAAUUUCUAUUAUACCAAGGAAGUUAUUCAGGCAGCACCCCCUAUCAAUUUUUCCUUGGCCAACAUUUCGAAGUCUGACGUUUCUUUCAACCUUCAUCAAGACAACAACAUCGUUGGAAUACCAGUAAAUGAGCAAAAUAUUGCAAGUUCCAUUCAUAAACCCGAACUACCUGCUAUAGUUUUGAUUCACGGGUGGUCGCAGUACAUCACCAAUCCUUGGUACGAGAAUUUUAUUAGGAAAUACUUUGAAUUGGAAGCGUGCAAUGUAAUUUGUGUGUAUUGGUCUCCUGCUUCAUCUAAAAGUUUCCUAGUUUCCUCUGCUAACACCAAAUCGGUAGGAAAAUAUGUUGCUGAUUUUUUGGUGGCUUCUACUAUACCAACUGGAAAUAUACAUAUCAUAAGUCAUUCGCUGGGAGCUCAUGUGGCAGGCUUUGCAGGAAAAAUGUUGAUCAAGCAGGGCAAAGGCCGAUUUAGGAGGAUAACAGGCCUGGAUCCAGCAGCCCCUACAAUAGAUAACAAAUUCGUCUCAGAAGCUUUCAGGCUAUCAUCAGGGGAUGCUGAUUUUGUUGACGUGUACCACACAGAUGCUGGGUUUUUCGGAUUCACGAAACCCAUUGGUCAUGUCGAUUUUUAUCCGAAUUAUGGAAGGGAACAACCUGGAUGUCCCAUCCACAAAAUCGAUGAAUCUGCUCAUCACUUACGUGCCAUAAGCUAUUUCGAAGAAACCAUAAACUGUCCAGAUUAUAAGGCCUAUCCAGCCAACAUAAGUCUGAAUGGAUACGAGUACCAGCUAGAUGUGAAUUUUCAGGGAGAAAGAGUGGUGAUUGGUGAACACGUCUCGUCAAAAACAAGAGGAAUUUUUUACUUCAAAACAAACGAUAAAUCACCAUUCCUCAUAAAGAAUUAAUGGAUUGAUCUCCAUCCGAGCCAUUCCGAAUUUAUUUAAGGUCACAAAAGAUUAUGUAUGUUGACAUUGUUAGCCAAAUGAAAAUGUAUUUGGCAAAAAUAUAUUAUGUGUAAUUUGAGACGAUUAUUUAAAAUGCGAAAAUAUACGGUAUAAUGAUGA